AUGUCCUCCGUCACAGCAGCAGCAAAGCAGGCGGUAUCGAGUAUCACCGACAAUGCAAAAAUGGCUAGUUUGACUCAAUUCCGCGUCGAGUGUGGUCCUUCGCAGCGGAUGACCACCGACCAGGGACUUCAUGUAGCCGACACAGACAACUGGCUCAAGGUCGGCAGUAACUCAAACGUAGGACCAGCAUUGCUUGAAGACCACAUCGCACGAGAGAAGAUUAUGCGCUUUGACCACGAGCGCAUCCCAGAACGAGUGGUACACGCACGAGGCGCUGGUGCGCAUGGCUAUUUCAAAGCGUAUGAUUCGAGUGCAGAGCAGUGGACGAAGGCCAAAGUCCUCAUGGAUCCGUCACGUACGACACCGGUAUUCGUGCGGUUUAGCACGGUGCAAGGCUCCAGAGGAAGUGCUGACACUGUUCGCGACGUCAGGGGCUUUGCGGUGAAAUUCUACACCGAGGAGGGGAAUUGGGACAUCGUGGGGAACAAUAUCCCGGUGUUCUUCAUCCAGGAUGCGAUCAAGUUCCCUGAUAUCAUCCAUGCGGUCAAGCCUGAGCCUCACAACGAAGUACCUACAGGGCAGAGCGCGCACAACAACUUCUGGGACUUUGUUGGGCUUCAACCAGAGUCGGCGCAUAUGAUCAUGUGGGUGAUGUCUGACCGCGCGAUCCCUCGUUCGUACCGGAUGAUGCAGGGUUUUGGCGUGAACACGUACACGCUCUUAAACGCUACGGGCGAGAAGCACUUUGUGAAGUUUCAUUGGAUCCCAGAGCUCGGUGUCCACAGCCUAGUCUGGGAUGAAGCUCUUAAAAUCGCGGGUCAAGAUCCUGAUUUCCAUCGCAAAGAUUUGAAUGAAGCCAUCGAGUCCGGGGCCUAUCCUAAAUGGCGUCUAGCACUCCAAGUCAUCUCUGAGAAGGACGAACACAACUUCGACUUCGAUAUCCUCGACGCGACGAAGAUAUGGCCCGAGGAGUUGGUGCCACUGCAUUUUGUGGGCGAGAUGGUUCUGAACAAGGUGGUUGAUGAGUAUUUUGCCGAGGUGGAGCAGGUUGCUUUUUGUACCAGCAACAUUGUACCAGGAAUCGGGUUCAGCGACGACCCGCUGCUCCAAGGCAGGAACUUUAGUUACCUCGACACGCAGCUUAGCCGUCUAGGUAUCAACUGGCAACAGAUUCCCAUUAACCGACCUGUCUGCCCUGUGAUGAAUUUCCAGCGCGAUGGGCAAAUGCAGAUGAAGAUCCACAAGGGCACCGUCAACUAUUGGCCCAACCGCCAGGAAGCCGUUCAGCCCGUCGCUGUUUCGGAAGGCGGCUACGAUGAUCAUGUUCGCAAGAUCUCCGGAAUAGCCCAACGCAUGCGUGGACCAAAAUUCAACGAGCACUACUCUCAGGCCCAGCUCUUCUACAACUCCCUCUCGCCUACGGAGCAAACACACCUGCAGAGCGCGCUUGCCUUCGAGCUCAGCCACUGCGAGGACCCGGCCGUGUACCGCAACUACAUUAACAUCCUCAACAACAUCGACUAUCAGCUCGCGAAGUAUGUCGCCGUCGCCGUGGGAGGCGACGUCCCCGAUGCGUCAGCGAAGCCCAACGAGGGGAACAAAAGCGCUAGGCUGAGCCAGGUGUACUAUGCGCCGAAGGAGCCGACUAUCAAAGGCCGGCGCAUCGCCAUUCUGCUGGCGGAUGGGUUCGAUAAGGCGGAGGUUGUGGCUAUCAAGGCACUCAUUACGUCGGCGUCGGCGAAUGCGUUCGUUAUUGGGCCGAGGAGGGGCAAGGUCUACGCUGCUGGCGAGAAGAUUGGUGUCGAGGGAGGCGGGAUUGAUGCGGAUCAUCACUUUGAAGGGCAGCGUAGCACAAUGUUCGAUGCGCUCGUCAUUCCGAGCGGGGAGCAUGUUGCGUUGUUGAUGAAGAGUGGGCGCGCUGUGCAUUGGUUGAGAGAGGCGUUCGGGCAUUGCAAGGCGAUCGGUGCCGUUGGGGAAGCUAUACUCCUCGUGCAACAGGCCAUCAACCUUCCAGAAGUCCAAUACGCAGACCCCACCGAUAGUUCUAUGGAAGUUGUAGCGUCGUACAGCGUAGUGACAACGGCCCACUAUGGCGUAUCGACGGCUAUCGGAGACGCUACGAAGAUGACGCUGAACAUUGGUGAGAAGGGGUUCAUGGAAAGGUUUGCGUACGAGGUCAGCAAGCACCGGUGCUUCAAGAGGGAGGAGGACGGGUUGACUGCGAGGAUUGCGUACUGA